AUUAUUACCUCAAGAUUAUUUACGUACACUGACAGCUAUUCGUGAACGCUGUGUUCAAGUCAGACAUUGUUGAACACGUUGUGAGCACAACAACACGUCGUUUCCCUCAAUUAGAUCAAAUCCCUCCUCAUUCACGUAUGCGUCAUUUUGAUGCCUCUCAAUGCAAGCCUUGCGUAACCGUUGGACGCAUGACCAAGUGGAUGCUGUAGAACAAGCGCGUCGUUUAGUCGAUCUGGUUAUUGUUUCUGUCUUGGUUGAUGCAGGUGCAGGUCAAGUAUGGAAGUACAAGACAGAACAAGGCCAAUCAAUUGGAAGAUCAGAAGGACUUGCUUUGGCUUCUUUUGAUAUGUUCUUGAAUGGGUAUUUUUCGAGUCAUGCUCAGGUUCCUGAUCGUGUCGAUGCUACCGGACUAGAUCAGAUUACAGUGGACAAAAUGACAAAGGGAUUUCAAGUGACUGAUGAGAAUCCUAUGGUGGGUUUAGAAGGUCGCUCUAACCUAUUGAAACGUCUAUCUCAAGUAUUGAAAAAUCAACCUAUUUAUUUCCCUCCUAUCCACCAUGAAUCUCCACGACCUGGCAACUUGAUUGAUUUCCUAUUGUCUUCUGUAAAGCCAGGGGAAAAAACAAUCCGUAUAGAAACAUUAUGGGAAGCAGUGAUGAGUUUGGGUGGUAUUUGGCCUGCACGUAUUCAAAUCAAUGGUGUUGCAUUAGGUGAUGUCUGGCCUUGCGCUUCUCUUGUAGACCUUGGUAACCAUGAAAAUUUGGUUCCUUUUCAUAAACUCUCUCAAUGGCUAACUUACUCAUUGAUUGAAUCUAUCGAAAUCUCACUUGGUCUUGUUAUUGAGGGUGUUGAACACAUGACGGGUCUUCCGGAAUACAGAAAUGGUGGUCUUUUAGUUGACUAUGGUCUAUUGACCUUGAAGCCUGAAGAAUUAAAGCGCGGUGGUGCCUUGAGAGAAGGGACCUGCCUUCUUUUGAAGAUCAAGGCACACGUAGAGCAAAAAUUAGGUCAAAAGCUCUCUUUGGCUCAGGUCUUGGAAGGUGGUACCUGGACUGCCGGAAGAGAAAUUGCUGCUCAGUUGAGACCUAAAGAUGGUGGCCCACCUAUUAUCAUUAAGAGUGAUGGAACUAUUUUUUAGAAAACAAACAAACAAAACAUAGCAUACAAUCUUGAUUACAACUAGAUUGCUGUCUAUAAAGCUCAUUUACAAAAGUGUCAAAUAUACCGAGAAACGUUUAUCGUGAGCAAUAGUC